AAUUCUGGGACAAUGUUGUAGUGAGAAGUGAAAGAAAAAGCUAAGCUAGAACAAUAGUUUAGUUUACUCUUUUUGCUUCCAACGUUGACCUAAAAACUUAAGAUAUUGAUUAGAAAUAAUGACGAAAGGGACUAUUAGUCCCGACGUAUGAUUAGCCCCCAUAUAUGCUACACAGGGCGGCAAGACAAUGGAACACGACAGGAGGCAUUCAAUGGCGAUGAAUAUGAAUGGAAUGGCAAGACACAAUCCUCAUCCAAUGCCAUCAGCAAGCAACAGUCUUCCUCCAGACUUUGACAAAAAGAGGAGAAAUUAUAGGCUUUUAGCAGAUCCUAUGAUUGAUCCAAGCAAGGAGAAGCUGUAUAGAUUUGAUGGUCUAAAUCCUGUUGAUGGUAGAGCUAUUGAUACUCGUGAUCCAAGACCAAGAUAUCAACGAAUUUGCUAUAGACGCCAGCCUGCUGAUCUGCCUGUGCCAAGAUGGAAGUAUGACCAGUAUUAUGUGGGUACACCACCAGCUAAGGAGGUGACGUUUAGUAAUCUGAAUGACAACAUCAGUAGAGACUUUCUGGAAAACAUGGUGAAAAGUUUUGGUAGAAUAGAGGAUAUAAAGAUAUACUAUCAUCCUCGGAACAGAAAACACAUGGGAAUAGGCAAGGUUGUGUUUGCUCAGUCAAAAAGUGCUAGGGCAUGCGUUGAAAAACUCCAUCGCACAUCCAAAAUGGGAAAUGUUAUGAAUGUGUUGUUGGACACUAUGGGAAAAGAACGUCAGCGGCUCAUUGAUCAGAAACUGACUGACAGACCUAGGAUAGAAUUGGAUUCUGCAGCUUUACCUAUGGCGCCUUCUCGGACUAGCAGUGUUGAUACACUUGAAAGGUUUGAUUAUAUCGAACCAGAAAGUGAAAGAAAAGCAUUUUCAAAAAAGCGUCAGCGUGAACAGCAGGAACAGAGUGACAGUGCUAUGUCUGGUCCACCUGACACACCAAGCACCUCAUCACAAUCAACAGACAUUAGUUUCAAUCCCGGGACCCCGUUUGGUCAAAAUAGCUUUACACCAGGAUUUGAUCAACACCACCCACCUAUUUAUAUGACACCUGGUGGAGAGCCUCAUCCUCCAUUUCCACCAGGUGUUGAUUAUGGUUUUAACACUCCAGGACCUCUUCCUCCAUUUCAUAAUCAAGGCAUGCCACCGCACCCUCAGACUCCCAUACAUCAUGGGCCACCUCCUAUGACUCCUCAUCAUCCACUUUUUAAUGAUGGUUACGGGAUUCCACCAGGUCCUCAUGGGCCUGGUCCAGGGCAUAUGCCAGGCCCACCUGGCCCUGGUCAUAUGCAGGGUCCACCUGGCCCAGGGCAUAUGCAGGGUCCACCUGGCCCAGGGCAUAUGCAGGGCCCACCUGGCCCAGGGCAUAUGCAGGGUCCACCUGGCCCAGGACAUAUGCAGGGCCCACCUGGCCCAGGACAUAUGCAGGGCCCACCUGGCCCAGGACAUAUGCAGGGUCCACCUGGCCCAGGGCAUAUGCAGGGCCCACCUGGCCCAGGACAUAUGCAGGGCCCACCUGGCCCAGGGCAUAUGCAGGGUCCACCUGGCCCAGGACAUAUGCAGGGCCCACCUGGGCAUAUGCCUGGCCCACAUGGCCCUGGGCAUAUGUCAGGUCCAGGGCAUAUGCCAUUUGACAUGCAGUCUCCCUUUCAUCAUGAUAUGCCAAACAGUAUGCAUGGACCUGGGCCCCCGCCCCCCAUGUUUGAUCAUAUGGGCAUGAACAACAGAAUUGAUGAAAGAGACUGGCGUCGUGGUGGCAGACCGGGCAUGGACACCCCAUCUUCCUCAAUGUCAACACCUAUGUCUGCACCAAGUCCUGUACCAAUGAACAACUUGCCUCCUCGAGGCAGAGAUCCUAGGUCAGAAAAACUUCCAGUUUUAGAAUCGCAGAGAGAACCUCCUUCAGAAAAACCUGCAACACUGCCAGAUACCCCUGAGGCAGACAACGAUGAGGAGCCUAGGUUUAUGAGUUUGGAAUCGAGAAUUCAGAGUUUACUUCAGGGUGGUUCAGAGGCGGAAGAGAAAGAUGAGGGUAAAACAGGAUUAGAUAUUGGGCCUGAUCCUGAGGUGCCACCAUCCCCAUCACCUAUGGCAGCGCAAAAACCUCAUCCUCAUAUUCCUCAGCAUCCACAUCCCCAAGACAUGAUGCCUUGGGACAAUGGUGUUCACAUGCACCCACCACCUCCACCGCCACCAGGGCAUAUGCCACCAAUGCCUCCUCACCUUCACAUGCAGCCUCCACAUCACCCACCUCUAAUGCAACCUAUGCCACCAGGUUUACCCCCAGGUCACAUGGGACCUCGCCCACACAUGGACAUGUGGCCAGGCAAUGGGGUGCACCCGCAUCCUAACAUGCCAUGGCCACACCCACCACCAAUGGAUGGACCUCAUGCUCAACCAUUUGAACCUCCUCGAUCUCAAAAUAAUAUUGAUGGACCUUCUAAAGGUAGGGGUAAAAAUAGAAAGAAAAAUAGAAAUAAAGGUGGGAAGUUCGGCAGGCAAAAUCCUUCAUUUCUGCCCCCAGAGACUAUAUCACGUCCUCCCCUCAUCCCAGAUAAUAAACGUGAUAAUCGCAAGAGAGGUGAGAAGCUCAUGGGUGAUACAUCUCCUCUUCCAUUGAUGGAAUUAGACUUUAAAUCUCCUUUUUCAGAAGAUUCUCAACAGGCAACAACCAAUGGUCAGUUGAAUAAUAAAGACAUGGAGGAUGAUAGAAUGAGCUUGGAUUCUGUCAGUAGUGGAGAUGAAAGGCUAGAAGUGAACCCUCCAGGUGGAUUACGUCAACCUUUCAAUGGCGACUGGCGGAAUCAGCAUGGAUUUGAUAACUUUGGUGUUUUUAAUCCUGAGUUUGAUUCAGAAACAGAUUAUGUCACCCACAUGUUUUCUACAGUGUUGAAUGAAUUUGUGACAGAGUUAAAAAGUAUUAUGCAAAGAGAUUUGUGCAAAAAGAUGGUUGAGACAUCUGCAUUCAAGUAUUUUGAAAAUUGGUGGGACCAACAAGAGGAGAAAAACAAGGUUCCUGUUAAGGUUCCAAAUGCUGAAGAAAAGAAAGAAAAAGUAGCUCCUGUCAGUGCUACAACUCCUGCCAUUACAUCUGCUCUAGCUGGCUUAUUUGAAGCCAGACACCCAUGGGCUAAAGAAGGUGGCCUUGAGUCAGGCUUAGGAUUUAACAGAUACAGUUCUGGUGGUCUGCUUGGUAUACGUUCUGGGUUUUCAAAGUUGCCAUCUUUUAAGAAAAAAGCCCCAGAACCUACACCAGUAGAAGAGGAUGAAGAAACACAAGAUAAUGCUACAGAAGGGAAGGUAAAGCAUGAUAAGAAGUUAGCAUCAGAGGAUGAAGAUGAUGAAGAAGAUGAUGAUGAAUCUGAUCUUGAAGAAACCUCUAAAGCAUUAGGCAAGAAGCCUCAGAGGAAAAUCUACAGCUCUGAUGAAGAAUCUGAUGAUGAGAAAGCAGUACAAGUUGAAGACAAGGAAGAGAGUGAGGAAGAAAGUGACAUGGAGAGUAGUGAAGACAUUGAGAGCAGUGAGGAGGAGGAAGAGGAAGAAGAAAGUGAAACUUCAGAGGAAGAAAUGUCAACAGAUGAAGAGGAAGUAAAGAAAGAAAUCAAGAAGAGUGAAAAAGUGGUUGAAAAAGAUGAAAUGUCCUCUCUGUCUUCACUUUCCUCUUCAUCCUCAUCUGAGGAGGAAGAAGAAGAGAAAAUUGAAACCAAAGCAAAAAAGAGUUCAGAUGAUGAGGAUGAAGAAUCGGGAGAAAUCAAGUCUGAAGAAGAAAGUGAAGAAAAAGAAGAUUCAAGUGAAGAUAGUAAAGCCAAAUCCCCUGCCAGAAGCCUUUCUCCAAUUAAGGAAGAAAACCAUAAAAAGGACUCAGAUACUGAAUCCACUUCCAAAGAGAUUAUUGAUGAAAAACAUUUGUUUGAAGAGCCCAAGUAUCGUCCUCCUGGACGUGGUCGAGGAGGCCGAAGAGGUAGAGGAGGCAGAAGAGGGAGAAGAAAGAGUAGUGAGUCUGAUGAUGAUAGAUCAGUUUACUAUAAGCCUGAGGUGAAGGAAGACAAAAUAGAUGAACUUCCUGAUUCAACGGAUACAGAAGCUGCUAAAAUGCUAAUGGCACUGUCAAGACAAAUGUCACCCAGAGCCCCAAGCCAUACUUCAGGAAAUGAGGAUAUGGAUGACAUUACUUCGGAGGACGAAGAACGUAGAAAAUUUGUCAACUCUGCAAUAGCAGAGCAUGAUUAUUUUUCUACAAGACCAAAAGGCACAGAGGUGUCUGAUUCAGACUCCACAGAUUCUGCAGAUGAUGAGGCCAUUCGUAUCACUCAGGAAAUUUGGAUUGAUCAUAAUUACUGCUUGCCGUCAGCACGUAUGAAUGUCAAGGAGCCUGAGGAUACUAAGCAUAACAGAAGUACAGCAAGAGGAAGGAAGGAAAUGGAAGCCAAGAUUGAUGCCACCAUAGAUGAAGUUAUUUCACUUGCCCACAAGAAAUCCGAGCCAAAGAAAAAGUCCCCCGCUGCCAAAGAAGCUAAAAAGCCUAAGGGAAAUAAAAAAUUGACUGAUGUGACAAAUAGGCAAAAAAUCAGCAGAGAGUUGGCUAACAUUCUAAUGGAUGUUGAGCCGAAACCCAGAGUGACUUUUACACCGAGAUCUAUUCAUGAGGAGAGACAGGUGUUCUUUGAUAUCUAUCACCAUGGUAUGGAUGAUGAGGACAUAAAUUAUCUGAAGAGGACAUAUGAUUCCUUGAUGCAGUCAGAUGAUCCAAUGUUCUACUGGCUGAAUGACAUCUUAUGGGUUGAUCAUCCACACACAAGGAUACCUGAUCCACCUCGGAAGCGAAGGAGAGUUGAGGAGAAUACUCGUGUUCACAAAACUGGAUGUGCAAGAACUGAGGGACAUUACAAAAUAACACUGGAUGAAAAAAUGAAAUAUUUAACCAAUACAAAGAACCUUGCUCUUCACCAGCAAAAGGAAGAAGAUGCAGAAAAACAAAUGGAGGAUGUUAAAAAGAAACAGACUUCUCGAGAAGUGCGUAGUGAAAAUCGUCGACUACAGGCAGCAAUAGCACUCUUUCAAGAAAAUUUGGAAGUCAGCGACUUGCUCAAAUUUAAUCAACUCAAGUUCCGUAAGAAGCAAUUACGAUUUGCUAAAUCUGGCAUUCAUGACUGGGGUCUCUUUGCAAUGGAACCUAUUGCGGCGGAUGAAAUGGUUAUUGAAUAUGUUGGUCAGGCCAUCAGACAACCCAUAGCCGAUUUGCGAGAAAAACAUUAUGAACAGACUGGAAUAGGAAGCUCAUACUUGUUUCGUGUGGAUCAUGAGACGAUUAUUGAUGCCACAAAAUGUGGAAAUCUGGCUAGGUUUAUCAAUCACAGUUGUAAUCCAAACUGUUAUGCAAAGAUCAUUACAGUGGAUUCUCACAAAAAGAUUGUAAUCUACUCCAAAAGAGAUAUUGAUGUUAAUGAAGAGAUCACCUAUGAUUACAAAUUCCCAUUUGAGGAGGACAAAAUUCCAUGUCUAUGUGGCUCUCAAGGCUGUAGAGGAUAUCUUAACUAAUGGUAGAGUUAGCAUAACUAGUUGUCUUACUGUUAUCACAUAUUGUACAUUUGCUUAUCAGGUCUGUGAAUUGACUUGUCAUACAUUGCCAGAGAGAUCAAAUGGUGGGACCCGACUUUAUUGUUGAACUAAGUAAAAGAUUAAUCAGAAGUUACAGAUUAUAUAUGUAUUGGGAUAUCUGUAGCUUGUUUUAAAGAGAAAAGAAUGAGUUCAUGAGCAGCAGAACUAGAGGAGCUGUGCUGUAUGACAUUUUGUCAUCAUUGCUGUGGUUGAUGUUGUUGGGGGAACAGCAACACCUUCAAGAUGUUUGCCUCAGAGUCUACUAAACACUGAACAUUUUUUGAGCAGCUAUUAGAGAAAAUGUGUGCUGACUAAGGAUGUAAUAAAUCAAAAUAAUUUAAUUGGAAGUUAAGAGGGGAGUUAGCUUUCAAGUUAAAAACAAUAUCUGUGAUUACUGUUCCAUGUUGAACAUUGUGGAGCUUGAGAAAAAUGUUACAGUAUAAAUCAAGUAUCAUUAAUAAAUCAUCACACGAACAUCCCACUCGUUUCAUAUGAACUGCUGAGUUGUUUGUACAUGUAAUAAGAUGUAGCAAUGUAUAUCCGAACCAUGUCAUAUAUUUAUUUAACCAUGUAAGAAAUAUUUCUCAUCUAUUUUAGACAGAUCUUUUUUAAAUUACUUGACCAAGUGCAAUUUCAUUAGGUUUUCUAGCCAUUUUCAUUUAGUGCUCAUAGUCCCCAUGUUGAAUUUAAAAAAAAGAUUUAUAACUUGAAUGGCUUGAUUAAUGCUGUAAUCUUUUUUUGUACUUAGAAUUUCCUUUCAGUUAUGGACCAUUGAUUUAUCAAUCAUACAUUUUCAUUCAUUUGAUAUUAAUAACAUUAUUGAUAGCAAUGGUAACACCAGUGACAAUCGUUUGGCUAAAUUGAUGAAUGUUUCUUUGUUUUCCAUUCUCAUUAGACUGCUGGCUCAUUUCCUGUAAAUGCUGUAUUUAGUCCCUUUUUUAAGUAAUAUGAAAUAGCUGUGUAUGUUUUAUAAAGGCAAGUUAGAUUUAAAAAAAAACAAUUUCUUAGUGUGUGUCAUUUGUAAAGACCUACCUUGUAUAAACAUUAAAACAUUUCUAUCUGCCUGGUAUAAGAUUUUUUUCUUGCCUUCUUAGAAUAGUUUUAGAUUUAAAGCUAUUUUGUUUUGGCCUCAUCAGAUAAAUCUCUUACAUCUGGUGGUUUGACCCAUACAAGAGGUGUUUCUAACAUUACUUCAAUGUGCCUCAGGUGCUUGCAAGGUGUUACGUUAAAGAAAUCAUCUGAGCUCAACAUUAAAUACAUGAAAUUUCAGAUUAGAACAAUUUUUUUUUGCAUGAAUGUUGACAUUUCUUCCUGCUAAUAUUUCUUCCAGGCUCUGUUAAUGUAUUUUUUGGGGCAGCAUCUUCAGUAUUGAGGUUUGCAUAAUUUAACUAAUAAAAAAUAUGAUACACUGAAUUAUAUAUAGAAAUAUAUGUAGAUUACUUGAAAACUCUAAUUGUAUGGUGCUUACUUACAUUUCUGAUUAGAUAGCUUUUGUUUUUCUUUUUGUGAUUGCAGUGCUUUUAUGGCAGUUUUAUGUCCCAUAUUUUUUGUCUUGUCUACAUGAUUUCUGAGAUAAAAACUCAUCCAUCUUCCAAUUAAGUUUUAUAAAAAUAUAAAUUUUUGCAUUUAAUGUUUAUAUUGGCCAAGUAGAGACAGCAAGUCAAGAUAAAAAAAAAAUUAGACCAUUUCCAUCUGUACGAUUAAUGUUGCCAUAUGAUACGUCCUAUUGUUGUACCCAGUUGAAUUAAAUGUAUUUGUAGAAACUGUUUAGUAUAUAGGCUGUGUUCUUUUUCUCUCUACACUCUGUAUUAUUUACAGUAUAUUGCUUCAUUUUUUUGCUGAGCAUUUAUUUAAAUUUAAUGAACUGCAACAAUAAGCUUAUCAUGUCCCUAUAAUAUUCUAUAAACAACUUUUAGUUUGUGUUGUUUUGGGGAGGGGGGGUUUACUCUUAGGUUUUCUGUUUUAUUAAUCCUAACCUUUUUUUUUAAAUAAAAAUUAUCUUGACCAAUUUUUCAUGGUCCCUGUAAAUAAUCUUUGAUAAUAAUGUUAUUGCAUUAAUCAUUAUGUAAAUGAACUCUUGUAUAAAAUGUAUUUGUUGUGCAGAUGUAAAUAUUAUGUACAGUUGACUAUUUCUAUGAAAAUGUGGAAAAUAAAAUCUUGCU